GUUUCCGUCAACUCUCCGUAAUCUAUGCUUGGUGGCGGGUGGCGGGUCAGCUGCAAAAGUCAAGACGAGGCGUGCAGCAGCCAUGGAAGACGAUUUCGAAGUCACACAUGAGGAGUUGGAAAAGUUCCGUAAUGCAAUGAAGAAGAAGGAGUUUCGGGAUCUGUUGGUUGACUACGCGAAAGAGAUACAGGACCCGGAGAACAAGAAGAUAUAUGAAGAACAAAUGACUGAAAUGGAGAAGACGAGAGGAGAAGAUGUCAAAUUCCUCAACCCCAAACCCGGGUUUGUCAUAAAGAUCUACCUAGAGCCAGGCCGCCGUAAGAUGUUUGUCAACAUCGCCACUAGCGACUGUCGUCCCCGAGGCAACCAGUGACCCCGCCCACAAGGUGGUGGGCUCUAAAAAGAAGACGGGAUCUGACUGGCAUGUUCCAUACACCCUCGCAUCGCCCAGAGAUGACCUGGACAAGUCUGGCAAGAGGUGUAAAGUGUACGACUGUGUAUUUCACCCAAAGACCUACAAGAGAGGACAGAAGUACCCGAGGUUCAAGCAGUUGCUGGUGGACACAGCAGUUGAUGCAGUGGAGAAGAUGGAGGGUGCAAGGCCGUGUCUGAGAAGGUCAAAGUUCUGAAUCUCUCGUACAAGGGAAUGGUGCAGCCUGCCGUGGUGAGGCAGAGAGGGAGAGGAGACAAGGGGGAAGGGAGGAGAGAGGGAGAAACAGAUCCGCCAUUUGGAGUCCUCUACCCUCCCCUACCAACAGAGUCCAGCUCAAAGGAACAGUCGAAACCAGAACUGACCUCUCCUCCCUCCACCUCCGCUCCUGAACCGGUCUACACUGUCAAGUACAGAGGAGAGGUUGCCAUGGAAGAUUUCACAAACGACAGGGUUUCCCCCGUCGUCAAGAGACCUAAAGAGAUCGUGGUUACCGUCCAACUACCUGGACUGACCUCAGUAGGGAGUGUGGAGUUGGACGUUACCGAGAAACAGUUGCUACUCGACAACAAACACCCUCCAUACCAUCUCGACCUGGCUCUUUCCUAUCCAGUCGAUGGGAACAGUGGAAAGGCAGAAUUUGACAAGAGAAAAUGUCUGAUUGUCACACUUCCCGUCCUCCCCUCCCCACCUCCACACACCAUCACCAAGUCACAUGACCUACCGAAUCAUGAAUCGUCCAAUCAGGUUGCAGAACUAGGGUCACGUGAUACCGAGACUCAAGAAUCAACCAAUGAGGUUGCAGAACCAGAGUCACAUGAUUUAGAGAGUCAGGUGACUGACAACGAGAGCCAUACAUCAGCCAAUGAGGUUGCAGAACUGGAGUCACGUGACCUAGAGAGUGGAGAACUGACCAAUCAGAUUGCAGUGUCGGAACACCUGACUCAACCUGAAACUGUGACGACAUCAUCUGCUGAUUCGACCAAUCAUAGCGUGGAACCAAGUCAUGUGACCUGGACAUCGAAGGGAAAGUGGGUUGCCCCUUCGUUUACCUAUCGUCAGGACGACGAGAGAGUUGCCUUUGUUCUCCAUUCACCUGGUACCAAACCAUCCACCUUGGUCCAUCAC